GAUGGUUAGAGGAAGGCCAUGGAGGCAUCCACUUAGCUCGUCUUAUCAAGGACGCCAAAUGAAAUCUAUUCAGCUCUGCUAGUGGGACGAUCUGACUUACUUUGGCAGAAAGACUUACAGCAGCCGUCACUCCAUAAAUGUGCACCGUCCGCCCGCCUGCACACUGCAGAGGCGCUCAAUCUAGCUGUUUUACGCACAACGCAACUCCAGCAUUGUCGGUGUUGAAACUUUCCUCGGCGGGUUUUUUUUUCAUGAAGAGCGGCAAGCUUUCGUCAAGGAAUUAAGGGAGACUACUUUUUUAUUGCUUUUCUGAAAAUAUCGAGGAUGCCUCGCCCAGGGAGAAACACGUACAGCGACCAGAAGCCACCUUACUCCUACAUCUCCCUCACUGCCAUGGCGAUCCAGAGCUGCUCAGAGAAGAUGCUGCCUCUCAGUGAAAUUUACAAGUUCAUCAUGGAUAGAUUCCCUUAUUAUAGAGAAAACACUCAGCGGUGGCAAAACUCUCUGCGACACAACCUGUCCUUCAACGACUGUUUCAUUAAAAUCCCCCGGCGCCCAGAUCAGCCGGGCAAGGGCAGUUUCUGGGCUCUGCACCCCAGCUGCGGGGACAUGUUUGAGAAUGGAAGUUUCUUGAGACGGCGCAAAAGGUUCAAACUGUUGAUGUCAACUGAUCAUUUGGUCCAGAAUAAGCAGUCGGAUGCUGCCCAUUACCUCCAGCAGCAAGCCAAACUGAGACUGAGCGCCCUGGCAGCCACUGGCACACACCUUCCCCAAAUGUCAACUUACAACCUCGGAGUGUCUCAGUCCUCAACUUUUAAGCAUCCGUUCGCCAUCGAGAACAUCAUCGCCAGAGAGUACAAGGUCCCGGGGAGUCUGGCGUUCUCCACCAUGCAGUCCAUGUCUGCCGGGUAUCCGCUCCACAACCAGCUGACGACAGCCUGGCCCCACAUGUACAACACCAGCAUGAUUGACACGGUGGCCCCGAUCUCCAUGGCAAGUAGCGACUACAGUGCUUAUGGCAUGCCCAUCAAGUCCCUGUGUCACGGGGGACAGUCCCUACCGGCUAUCCCUAUGCCAAUCAAGCCCACCCCGACUUCCAUGGCCGGUUUCUCGGCGUUACCUCCACACAUUCCCGCGUUUCUAUCAAACUCUCCACAGUCGCUGAGCCCGACGUCCCCACAGACAGCGACGAGCCAAAGCAGCCCUGCAACCCCGAGCGAGACUCUGACGAGCCCCUCCACACUGCAGUCUGUGGCUGUGCACUGACCAGCUGAACUUUCCCAUGUAAACGAACUGCUGGCCGGCUCCCAGGCCCCUUUAUCAAUCCCAAAGUUUAUAUUUUCUGUCGUCGGAAACUAUCAAGGCGAGUUGCAGUUGCAUAUCGAAUUAUUUGUGUAUGUGUCGAAUGUGUCGCUUUAAAUUGUGUCAUAGAAGUCCAGCACAGAAUCGCACAGCGAAGUAUUGCUCUUGAAAAUAUAAAUUAUUUGAUAGUUCUAUUUUUCAGUUUAUUGUGAAAUGUGAGUGUUGGAAGUGGUGCCACAGAUGGGGAUCCAGGGGACGUUUGUUUUGGCACCAUCAACUCUGAUUUAAAGUGCUUGCAAUUUCCGUGGCAGUUUUUCAGUUGUAUCAAAUAGCAAAACGUUUGCACCGUUUCUGUGUGACCACUGUAAUGUCAAUGAAAUUGCGAGGCAAUGGCUCUGUGUUUUUGUUUGCUUUUUAAUACUGGAAUGAUGGAUAAGGGUAUACCAAAUAGGAAUAGGAUUUAGAUUUGUUCUUACCAUCCCUGUAAAAAAGAAAGCAAAAUGAGUUAUCAUAUCUUUUCAAACUGGAAAAGUAGUAUGAGACGUCCUCAAAAUGCAAGAUGUGAAUAUUGCAAAUAACUGAUACUGAAAUGUUGUAAAAUGCACUUUUUAGUUUUAUGUUUUAGAUAUCUAUUUUCCAGAAAAUGUUCUGUGAAGCAUUUAAUUUAAAAGGCUGUGGUGACCAUGUGUAUCAGAUGCUGUAAAUUUGUACUUUUGUUUUUUAGGUAAAAGCAUGCAUUCAAAAACAUUUGUGUUGGUACUGUUGUUGUUAUUGUUGUUGUUUUGUUUUUGUUUGAUUAUUUUUUGCAAGCAUGCGUGCUUUCGAAAAGUGUGCAAACAGUCUGCAAUGAGUUGAAAAACAAAAUGGUCAUCGAAAUAUUUUCUCAUUAAAAGUGAAGUAAACAAUCAAAAAUGUUUCUGAAGAUUUAAUCUAAGACGAUGUUAAAUGUCAUUAUUAUUAAAUUGGCAAAAAAACCUUUUAGGAUAUCAUACAUUAAUUUUAACACAAUAUUAAUAUCGUCAAAUAAUAAUAAUAUUAUUAAUAAUAAUAAUAUUAUUAUUACUACUAAUAAUAGUAGUAGUACUACUUUGAUUUGUCGUGUAUUCAGGCCUAUUUCAGAGUGUUGAAGAGAAGCGGUGGGGAGAGAAAUGAAUCGUGCAGUCGAUUAGGAUGCAUGGAGUUGCGAUGCCAUGGUCACAGCGCAGACAACUGAGCUCAUUCAUCAAGCUGUGGGCUAAACACAAUUAAGCCCAACAAUAAACAUUUAGUAAAGCUGCACACAGUGUCCAAAUCAAUGUUGUUGCAUACUUUUGCCUCCAAAAGUCACAGAGCGCUAUUAAAAAAGUGCCAGGCAGAUUUAUUUUCAAAUGUUUCGACCUUAUAAUGUUUUCCUAGUCGGGCAGACUUAAUUCAACAGGUUUCUAAAUAAAGAGGGAGAAAUAUCUGCAAAAUAUAUUUUUCAUUCUAUUAUUCGAUUUCUUUUCAGGAUAAAAACAAUAACGCGCUUUAACUGCCUCCCCUAUAGAAAGCAGCAGCCUAUUUCGGGGUAUUAAACAAAUACAUUAGAAUUCCGUCACUUUAUACAAUCGAGUAGAUCAAAUAAAGGGUCUCGGGCCACUUCAUUCUCCCUCAUUCACUUGAAUUGAAAGUGCAAAGAAUAGCAAACUUAGACUGGGCCACCGAUGUAGAUUUAGCCUUUUUCCAGCAAGACAAAAAGACUGAUUUUCACAAACACAUUGCUGACUCGGGAACUAGGAAACGAGCUGCAAGACUCUUUUGGAAUUUAAAUCCACCCCUCCCCCAUGGACUGUUUGGACAACAGUGUUAGUUUUUUUUUUCUCCUCACUUUGUGCAUUUGUGUGUGUAACGUUCAUUCUGACUCUGGAUGAUUAAAUGUAUUGACACUGCAACGGCAGAUUACAAGCUUUAAUUUUGAAUCAGAUAGAAUUUUUCUGGCUGGUCAUUACAAUUACAUUCAAACCACAUUAACACACAUAUGGAACUUUUUCUUUUAAGCACAUUAAAGCAAUGAAUCCAGCCACUGAAAAAAAUAUGUAACAACAAUAUAUAUUUACUACACAUUUAAACUUUCCAUUAGGUUGGAUUUCAGUGUACUUUGUCUUAUUUGGUAUAUAUUGCACUGUUAUAAAUAAAAUGUUAAUGUAAUAUAUAUUGAUGAAUGUCUGGAAGGAACUUUUGUGAACAAGAAGUCAUUCAUUGUACAUUUAUCCCAGAAUGUGAAAUGUAUAAAAUUAACAAAAAGUGUUCAUUUGAUGUAUUAUGUUCUGCACUGGAGCAGAAACGCAACAUUUAAAUUGCAACAUCCUGCCUUUAAUUAUGUUUCAAGAUGCAGUGUAUUGGGCAGAUGUUCCAUGAAAAUAUUUAAAAUGUUGCCCUUCAAUGCAAUGAAGUCCGUAUAGAAAAAGGGCUUUAUUUGGCUGUUCAUUAAUAAAUAAACACCUUUAGCUUUUCCACCACAAAAUGUUCAAAUGAGCCAAUGAAUUUAACCCCUACAAGAGAAGGUGUGAAACCACAGGUUACAGGUGGGAGAGAGAGGAAACACAAUAUUUGAC